AUGAAUUUGCUGGAAUCCUGUCUUUCUAGAAGAACAGGUUCCCAAAUACGCCUUUCAGAUGAUGACGAUAAUGUCAAUGAUAACCAUAUACUGUCUUUUUGCUGUCUUUUGAAAAGAGAAACAAGAGGCGAGAUACACUUGCCUGAAGAAAGCAAUGAAAUCCUUGACUUUGACGUGAUAAGAUCAAGACAGGAACAAGAUCUUAAUGAAUAUUUAUAUGGUUUAUCAGAUUGGUCAUCGAGGAAUAACAAGGACUCCUUUAGAGGAAACAGUUUUAUACAAUCUGAAUAUAGUCCACUUGCUGGAAAUCAUUCUCAGACCUCAUCACUUAUUGAAGAAGAAGAUGAUGCACAGUUUCUAUCAGAGCAUCGCAUAUCAGCCAUAAUCGAUGAUGGACCCAAGCUGAAUAGUGCACAUGUUUAUCAUAACAAUAACAUAAAUACUGCUGUUAACCACCAAGACUUUUUGGACAUCGCAUUAACACCCCAAAACAUCAACAAAUAUAGCAGUGACACCGAGAAUGAGUCUAUGUCAUCAGAUGAACAGAGUAACACAGUACAGGAGGCAUCUGUCCAUAUUACAGAGAGUGUCCUUGCUGAAUCACCCAAAGAAUUACCUAGCAUAAAGCCUUGCUCGAUCGAAUCCGGCAGUAGUAGAGAAAGCACAUUAUCUGAGAUAGACAAUUCCAUUGAACCCAAUUUCAGUACAGACAUUGACUUUCCAACAGCAAGGGUAGCCAAGUUACCUUACCAGCCUGUAUCCCCCAUGACUAUCGGUUUUAAGCCGUCGUCUUCCAUAAGUACACCAGUCUAUGCUGUUCCGAAUCAAUCCGGUACCCGUAGACCCUCCGUUGUUGCAGCCGCACAAAAUUUACUAGGUGAUAAAUUGGACGAUUUUACCGAAAAAUUGGCUAUUAUUAAAAGAAAUAUCAUCAUGAACGUAAAUAAUGAUACCAGCGGCUCAAGUGAUGAUGAGUCUGUAGAUGAUGUCAGUAAUCACUAUUACGAUUAUAAUACAUCUGAUCAACGACAGAGACCACCUCCAUGGGAUACAUUCAUAUCCAAGUUUAACAAACAAGCUAGUCCAAAUACAAGACGACAGUUGUUUCCUCUAAGACGUUCUGUAUCUAUAGACGAUACCCAAAAUGAAAGAAGAUUAUCUAAUUUUUACGAGGAAGAUGAACUGUUUGAUUUGAACAAAAUCGUUGCCAUCAGUAAAAAUGUACGUACAUUCAGUGAAGAGGUCGUAGGCAAUGGUAUCCGUACCAUGUUUAAUAAUAUUUCGACACGUAUAAAGAACGUACAGUUACCAAGUGAUGAAGAAUAG